AUGGAGGCUGAUCGUGGGCCAUCUCAAUCAAAAAACCAGCCUUCAUCCUUCACUCCCGCUAGCCGCAUUGCCGAGUUGAACGAGAUUGAUCGAUCUAUUUCCACACUUCUCUCGGCGGCAUCUGACGCCCUCGGCAUUUUGUCCAAUUCUCCUGCCUCUGUAUCGCAAGAAAAGGCUCUAAAAAACUCCGAGUCUGCUCGCGCGGCCUUCACAGCGGCUGCCGAGGCAUAUUUCUCUACCUUGUCGUCGAUUGAAGUUCGACUGCGCCGUCAAGUUUACGCAUUGGAAGAGGCGGAACUGAUAAGACCUGGUGAUGACAAGGAUGCGAGAAAGGGCCGAGCGUUGGGAGGUGACAGCGGUAUAACCACAGCUGGAGGCGGCCCGCUGGAUCCUAGCUGGCUGAAUGCCAGAGUGAGUGACAAGGUCGGAGAUGGGAUGAAACGAGAGCUUUUAGCUCGAGCGAGAGAGUUUGUGGAACGAGUAGGUCGUGAUACACCAGAUGGCAAUGUCGAAGCCGGAAAAUCUGGAGCGGUCCAAGGCCAUGACAAUGACGAAGAAAUGGGUUGA